AUGUUUUUACCACUGCUGUUUCUUCUCCCUGUGCUCUCCUCAGCCUCCCGUCCCGAGGGCCCCAUCGACAAGCGCUGUGCGGGAGCUGCGGUUUUGGCCCCCCCCGUUACCUUGACAAGUCUCCGUCCAACGCAAACAUGGGCUGCUCAGGACGACAGCAAGCCUGCUUGUCCGGUGACCUACACCACUGUACUCCCUACUCUGGGUGCUGAUCCAGAGCCAGGCUCUCCCAGUGGACUACAUCCCCACACAUACACCGUGACAUACGACUGCGAUGGCACAAGCUACUCGCCCUGCCGACUUCCUGACUCGAAAGACAUCUGUCCCCCUGGUUUUGUCAAGACCGCGACUGUCUGUGACACGUGUGGUUCUUCGCCAGUCACAUACACGCUGACACUUCUGGAACCGGGCCCUACGGCUGUGCCUCAUGCCACAGACAAGAAAGGGCCGGAUUCGACGAACGUGCCUCCGAGCCCUGGCUCGGACCACUCUGCUGAUCAUCCUGGCGAUCAUUCCGAUGGUGGCGGCGGGGUCAAACCAGUGGUUCCGAUACCUCCUCAGCCUGAGUUUGGACCUGACAGCAACUCAACCGACCAUAUCGAAACUCCGUCCAGUCCAAGUAGCAAGGGGACAGAGGGUGAUCGUAUUAGCGGCACUAGCAGCACAGAAGCUUCUGGCUCGAAAGCCACCGACCAAGGGUCUGCGGAGCACGUUGAAGUUUCGGCUGGCGCUAGUCUCAAAAUGUUCCAGUGGUUGGGCGAGACACUAGCGGUAGGUCUCGUUCUGGCAGCUGUCAACUUUCCCCUCUAA